AUACGUUUCAUACAAAAUUUGAGUGACUGUGAGUUGUUAUUUAUUUUAUAUAUCAUUGGAUUGUCUUUUCACUUGAUAUAUUGUGAACUUGUUGGUAAUUAAGUAUAAUUAUUGUAUACUGUGAACGAAAUAAUUUUGAAGUGGGUAAUAUUUUGAUUCGGCUGCCAUAAUUGACUUUUGGGUGUAUUUAUUAAAUAAAUACCGAUUUUAACCGUUCUGUGAUAUUCACUACACUUAAGAAGCGAUAAAGUGCGAAAAAUAAGGAAAAAUCAUUGUACCAAAUAUGUCCACGAAUCCUCAGUGGAAGACGUUCCAGCCGCCCCCUGACACUCUCACUCAGGAUACAAGCAUCAUGGAUUUUAAAUCAAUGACCAGUACCGGGAAACCUUCACAAACAUUUAACUUCACUCGUUCAACAUCAUCAUCUCGUUUUGGCGAUUUUCCUUUGUUACAAGAGAAAUCGUUGCAUUAUAAUAAUAGUCUGUAUGGAUCUUCAAGCACUACACAAACAUCGCCUCGUUUUCCUAUUGGUACUUUUUCUAUAGAUAGUACCAAUAACGUCUUCAACAGCAGCGGCGACAAUUCUUUGAACAACACCAACAUCUUCUCAAAUGGCAAUAACAGUAGUAGUAGCUACAACAAUGACUCAUCUAACUCUUCAAAUUUAGGUACUAGAGAAACUGGAAUCAUUGAAAAGUUAUUGCACUCCUAUGGAUUCAUACAAUGUUGUGAACGUCAGGCCCGUUUGUUCUUUCACUUCAGCCAAUUUAGUGGUAAUAUAGAGCAUUUAAAAAUUGGAGAUCCUGUUGAAUUUGAAAUGACCUAUGAUAGACGUACUGGAAAACCAAUUGCCAGUGCUGUUACUAAAAUUGCUCCAGAGGUAGUUAUGAGUGAAGAGCGUGUGACAGGAACGGUUACCACUGAGUUGAGAGCUGCAGAGGGUUCAGUUGGAGACACCACGGGGAGAAUCAGUUACGAAAAUCGGGGAGAAUGCUUCUUUUUGCCUUACACCAAAGAUGAUGUUGAAGGAAAUGUUACUUUACGAUCUGGCGAUAAAGUUAGCUUCCAAAUUGCUACUAAUAACCGUGGAAACCUUGGUGCCUGUCAUGUUAGAUUAGAAAAUCCAGCCCAUCCUGUGAAAUAUCAAGGAGUCGUUUGCUCUAUGAAAGAGAGCUUUGGCUUUAUAGAAAGAGCAGAUGUGGUGAAAGAAAUAUUUUUUCAUUUCUCUGAAGCAAAAACCAAAGAAGAAUUAAGAUUAGGGGACGACGUUGAAUACAUUAUUCAAACCAGAAAUGGAAAAGAGGUAGCUUGCAACAUUACUCGAUUACCUCCCGGUACAGUAAUUUUUGAAGAUCUGAAGCCUGAUAUAUUAAAAGGCCAAGUAUUAAAGCCCAUAGAUCGUGGUCCACGAAAUCCAAAUGACGCAUUACCGGGCCGUAUUAGAUAUAGAGCUCCCGAUCAUUCUGAAGUCGAAAUAUCAUUUAGUGAAAAAGAUCAAAUGGGUGAUUUCACUCUUCGCCACGGUGAUUGGGUACAAUUUCAAAUUGCAACUGAUAGAAGGGAUGCUCUAGACAGAGCAACUCAUAUUUUGUUGUUGGACGAAAGUUUUAAGGUAUCUGGAGAAAAACGAGAACAGGGCGUGGUGUGCUCCGUAAAAGAAGGUUUUGGUUUCUUAAAAUGUGUCGAGAGGGAGGCAAGGCUGUUUUUCCAUUUUAAUGAAAUACUAGAUGUAGAACGCACCAACGAAGUGCAAGUUAACGACGAGUUUGAAUUUACUGUGGUUCAAGAUCAAACAAGCUCGAGCAUGUUUUCUAACAAUCGACAAAGUGCCAUUAGAAUGAAAUGGUUACCACCAGGUACUGUACAGUUUGAAAUUAGAAUAGAGAAUGAGCUUACGGGUAUUGUAACGAGUGACUUACCAUUGAGCAAUUGGAACAACAGAAGUCCUACAAAGAGCCAAAGCAGUGUGACUGGAGAAACAAAUAAUGAAUGUGGAUUAAUAGGUUACUGUAUUAACGGAAUCAAAAAGACUAUUUCAUUCUAUGCCAAGGAUUGCUCUGUUAAGCAAGUUCCAAGAGUUGGGGAUAAAGUUCAGUUUAAUAUCAACCAAGUUAAAAGAAAUAAAGAAUUUAUUGCAACAGAUGUGGAAGUUAUACAACCAGCUGUACAAACAAACGGAAUUAAGCACAGCAUCUCUAGAACCUCUGGAGGGCCACUCUACCAAGGAUUUAUUGCUGCAUUAAAAGAUGGUUUUGGAUUUAUAGAAACUAUACAACAUGACAAGGAGGUUUUCUUCCAUUUUAGUAAUUUUGAGGGUGAAUCCAAUAGCUUAGAUCUAGGCACAGAAGUCGAAUACAACUUGGGAACCCGUGGAAAUUCUGGUUCUUGUUCCUCGGCAGAGAAUGUCAAAGUAAUCCCAAAAGGUACAAUUGCUCUUCCAGAAUUCCGUGGGGACAUUCUAGAAGGUACAGUGGUACGACCUCUUCGUUCUGUGAAUCCCGAUCAGACUGAAUAUUCCGGACUAAUUAGAACUAAAGCUGAAAAUCAAAAUGAAAAAGUUCAAGAAUAUGAAUUUGGAAUUAUGGGACUUGUAAAUAAACGGGAACUACUUCAGAUUGGUGAUCAUGUUCAGUUUCAAGUAGAUACCACUGGUAGAGCUGCGAAUAUAAUAGCCGUAAGAAAAAAAUUAAAAGCUACUGUUGACGCGAUUAAAGGACAUUUUGGAUUUCUGGCUUAUGAAGUAGAGGAGGGAAAAAAACUGUUUUUCCAUAUGACAGAAGUCAAAGAUAAUGUUAGUCUUCAAGUUGGCGAUACUGUAGAAUUUGUACUUGUCACCAAUCAUAGAAGUGGAAAAUCGUCAGCAUGUAAUGUUGUGAAAGUCAACGAUGUCCAAGCUAGACCAGAAAGACUAAUCAGUAGACUACGUACCAUAUCAGUAGAUGACACUGGACCUAAAUUAACUGUGGUUCGUCAACCGAAAGGACCAGAUGGUUCCAAGGGAUUCUUAACAGAGGCACGUGUAAAACGUAUACCUGGUGCCGUACCUAAAUAAUAAUUCUGAUAGACACUGCUUAGUCAAAGGUUAAUUCAUUCUCAUUCAUGUCAUAUACAAAAAACUAGUAACUAACUACUCUUGUUUCGUAGCAUUGGAGUUGGAAUAACGUAAUGUAUUAUAUAAAUUAAGCCAUAUAUAAGU